AGUUUACAGACAGUUUACAGGGAGAGAAGAGACACGGUCCUUGCCAUUUACUGGUGCACUCACUGUUCUGAAGACGUUCAGGCAGUAAUUGCAGAAAAGAAACUUAAACUUCAGCCAUGGCUUUGUCACACCGGGAGCCACUCUCUGAGACAGUGGGAAAGCGCAUGGUCGUCACAGGUCCAGAUUACAUAAAAGAUCACUUGCCUAAAGUUCACCAGCAUACCGCUUAUAUAGGAGAAAAGCGUCCAGCAUUAGAGAAAACUGGAGAUCUCAGAUAUUUAUGGAGGCCUGCUUCAAACCGAAGCCUGCCGGCAAAAUAUAAACACGAGUACACUGGUGGAAUUGGUUGGGGGAUACCACAGUACAGUUUCUUCAACAGAUCAAGACUGGAAAGUGGCUUUCAUAUCCAGCACGGCGAACUAAGUCUUCGUGCGAUGGACAAAAUAACCCACCGCUAUCAAAACCCUUGUCAGCUGGAGCAUGGACCAUGGGGUUCCUCAUGGUUUCUGGUGACGAACACAGCCGGCAGGAAGAGCUCCGACCCAGACAAGGAUCUCGGAGGCAGCCCAGACAACGGACAUCAAGGCCUCAGGGGGCAGAUCAGGCCACUCACAUCAAUAUUGCCCCAAGCUGCACCACAACCUGAGGCUUCAGGUGGCAGCACAGACCAUGGACAACCACAUGGCCUUCAGUUGUUACCAUCCCCCCCAGACAUCAACACAGACUCUGGGACCUCAGACCGAGACAGGGCCCCCAGUAGCAGCACAGGCCGAGAUUACGUAUCUUCAGGUGACAGCACAGACUACUCAGAUUGGUAUGGCCCCCAGAGGCAGAGUAGGCCAUUCGCAUCUAUAUGGCCCCCAGCUGCAGCACGAGCCAGGAACAUCAGCCUGAUUUCAGGACUUCCGCAUGGUCUUCAGUUGUUACCAUGCUCCACAGACAUGACAGACUCUGACUACAGUAGGAGUACAGACCCAGAUGUGGCCUCCAGUAGUAGCAUAGUCCCAGAUAUAAACAUGGUUUCACGUGGCCACAGAGGGUACUCAGAUUGGUAUGGCCCCCAGAGGCUGCGCAGGCCACUCACAUCAAUAUGGCCUCCAGUUGCAGUACGACCCAAGGACAUCCACCUGGCUUCAAGUUCCAGCAUAGACCAUGGACAUCCACAUGGCCUUCAGUUGUUAACAUGCUCCACAGACAUCAACACAGACUCUGGCAGUAGUAGAACCACAGACCCAGACACAGCCCUCAGUAGCAGCAUGAGCCCAGAUACCAACAUGCUCUCAGGUGGUGGCAGAGGCUACUCAGAUUGGUAUGGCCCCCAGAAGCAGCGCAACCCACAGGCAUCAACAUGGCUCCAGGUAGCACCACAGCCCGCAGAUAUCUGUAUGACACCAGGUAGUAACACACACCUAACCACAGACGUCAACAAAGACCCCAGAUGCAGUACCAUGCAGUUCCAUGCAGAUGGGGCCAUGGACAGCAAGGUGGCCUCAGAUGGCAGCCCAGCCCAGGGAUAUCAACACGGCUUUAGGCUGAAGCAUAGACUAAGGAGAUCUGCAUGGAGUUAGGUAGUAUAAAGGCCACAGACAUCAACCCGGCCUCUGGCCACAUCAGGACCACUGACCCACGCAUGGCCCUCAGUGACAUCAAGGACCAGUUCAGUCUCCCCCCACAGCAUACGCUCCGCUGUACUCUUCUGCCUUCCCCCAUCCCCACUGCUUAUUUGUUCGUUCUUCAUCAUGGUGCCCGCCAGCCUUCACUCAGCCUGUCCAGCUUCCACUGGCUUGUGUCCCAUUUUUUUUUUUCCCUAAUACAAUGAUUAUUUCUUUUUAACAUUUUAUUUAUUUUUGGGAAUUUCAUACAUAUACACAAUAAAAUAUGAUCAUAUCGACUGA